AGCUUCCGUGCCCCCUCGGCUCUGAAACUUGGAGGAGGGUAGGGGUCCAGCAUGAAGCCCCCGGACCGCCCCGCCCCUGGCCGCACGGACCGGAUGCUGGAGGUCAUGGGGGGCAUGCUGCGAGCAUGUGCCCUACCCGGGCCGGAGGGGCCCCCGAAGAGAAGCCCCCUAGGGCCGGGGGAUACCGAUCCAGAGUCUAAUUGUAAAGAGGGGGAUGUGAGAGGUGAGCGCGGACGUGAGGUCCCCGCCUGGGCUCCGCUGCCCGAAUCCUAUUCCAUUGCUGGCAGUGAGGGGAGCAUCUCGGCUUCAGCUGCCUCUGGUCUGGCUGCCCCCUCUGGCCCCAGCUCUGGCCUCAGCUCUGGUCCCUGUUCCCCGGGCCCCCCAGGGCCAGUCAGUGGCCUGAGAAGAUGGUUGGAUCAUUCCAAACAUUGUUUCAGUGUGGAAACUGAGGCGGACAGCGGCCGGGCUGGACCGUAUGAGAACUGGAUGCUGGAACCAGCUCUAGCUUCAGGAGAGGAGCUGCCAGAACUGACCUUGCUGACCACAUUGUUGGGGGGCCCUGGGGAUAAGACGCAGCCACCUGAAGAGGAGACUUUGUCCCAAGCUCCUGAGAGUGAGGAAGAACAGAAGAAGAAGGCUCUGGAAAGGAGUAUGUAUGUCCUGAGUGAGCUGGUAGAGACAGAGAAAAUGUACGUGGACGACUUGGGGCAGAUUGUGGAGGGUUACAUGGCCACCAUGGCUGCUCAGGGGGUCCCCGAGAGCCUUCGGGGCCGUGACAGGAUUGUGUUUGGGAACAUCCAGCAAAUCUACGAGUGGCAUCGAGACUAUUUCCUGCAGGAGUUACAGCAGUGUUUGAAGGACCCUGAUUGGCUGGCUCAGCUAUUCAUCAAACAUGAGCGCCGGCUGCAUAUGUACGUGGUGUACUGUCAGAAUAAGCCCAAGUCAGAGCAUGUGGUGUCAGAAUUUGGGGACAGCUACUUUGAGGAGCUCCGGCAGCAGCUGGGGCACCGCCUGCAGCUCAAUGACCUCCUCAUCAAGCCAGUGCAGAGGAUCAUGAAGUACCAGCUGCUGCUCAAGGAUUUUCUCAAGUAUUAUAGCAGAGCUGGGAUGGAUACUGAAGAGCUAGAGCAAGCCGUGGAGGUCAUGUGCUUCGUACCCAAGCGCUGCAAUGACAUGAUGACCCUGGGGAGACUGCGGGGGUUUGAGGGCAAACUGACUGCUCAGGGGAAGCUCUUGGGCCAGGACACAUUCUGGGUCACAGAACCCGAGGCUGGGGGUCUGCUCUCUUCCCGGGGUCGAGAGAGGCGCGUCUUCCUCUUUGAGCAAAUCGUCAUCUUCAGUGAGGCCCUGGGAGGAGGAGUGCGAGGUGGAACGCAGCCUGGAUAUGUGUACAAGAGCAGCAUCAAGGUGAGCUGCCUGGGACUGGAGGGGAACCUCCAAGGUGACCCUUGCCGCUUUGCACUGACCUCCAGAGGGCCAGAGGGUGGGAUCCAGCGCUAUAUCCUGCAGACUGCAGACCCUGCGGUCAGUCAGGCCUGGAUCAAGCAAGUGGCUCAGAUCCUGGAAAGCCAGCGGGACUUUCUCAACGCAUUGCAGUCACCCAUUGAGUACCAGAGACGGGAGAGUCAGACCAACAGCCUGGGGCGGCCAGGAGGCCCUUGGGCGGGGAGCCCUGGGAGAAUUCGGCCUGGAGACCGGGCUCAGGCUCUCAGUGACAUCCCUCAGGCUCCUCAGGACUCUCCUCCAGUGCCACCAAUUCCAAACACCCCUCCCUGCCAAGCCAGACUUGCCAAGCUGGAUGAAGAUGAGCUGUAACUGGGAAAGGCCAUAGGGGUGGUGCUGACUGAGCCACCCUGUUUCCCCAGGAACUUAAGGGCAACCCUUCUGGCAUGGCCCCAGAAUUCCUCCCUCUUGGUUGUCUGGAGGGUGGGCAAGGCUGGGAGAGGUGUCAACUGGGAGGAGGGUACCUAGACUUAAAAGGACUUCUUUCUGCCCAAGGAAUACAGGUUCCUUCAGUUCCCACCCCUUUGCAUGCAUCACAGGUCCCCUCAAAAGAUACAUAUGUGGGUGGGUGGGAGGGCUGGGGCAAGGGCCAGAUAGAAAUUAUUGGUUUUGUUUUUGAUUUUGUUUUUUCUGUUUUCUGAGAAUAAAGGUUUUGUUAUAUC